AUGCCGCCAAAGCACCACUGCCGCCGCCGCCUGCGCAGCUCGCAUCCUUGCUGUGGGGCUCACCAGGCCGCUGCCGGCUGCCCUUCGCAGGUGAUCACGCCCUGGGACGUGACGGGCGGCGCCGACGGCAAGAUCGACUACAACAAGCUCGUGGCGCAGUUUGGGUGCCAGUCGAUAGACGCGUCGCUGGUGGAGCGGAUAGAGCGGCUGACGGGGCGCCCCGCGCACCCCUUCCUCAAGCGCGGCAUCUUCUUCGCGCACAGGGACCUCAAUGAGCUGCUGGAUGCCUAUGAGCGGGGUCAGCCCUUCUACCUGUACACAGGGCGGGGCCCCUCCAGCGAGGCGCUGCACCUGGGCCACCUGGUGCCCUUCAUGUUCACCAAGUGGCUGCAGGACGCGUUCAGGGUGCCCCUCGUCAUCCAGCUGACAGACGACGAGAAGUUCCUGUGGAGGGGCCUGUCUGUGGAGGAGUCGCGGCGUCUGGCCCGUGAGAACUGCAAGGACAUCAUCGCCUGCGGCUUUGACGUCGCCCGCACCUUUGUCUUCGCCGACUUUGAGUACGUGGGGGGCGCCUUCUACCGCAACAUCGCGCGCAUCCAGCGGUGCGUGCCCAUGAACCAGGUGCGCGGCAUCUUUGGCUUCUCCACAGACGACAACAUCGGCAAGAUCGCAUUCCCCGCGAUACAGGCCGCCCCCGCCUUCCCAGACUCGUUCCCCCACAUGUUUGGGGAGCGCAAGGACGUGCGCUGCCUCAUCCCCUGCGCCAUUGACCAGGACCCGUACUUCAGAAUGACCCGCGACUGCGCCCCCCGCCUGGGACACCUCAAGACCGCACUCAUCGAGUCGCGCUUCUUCCCCGCGCUGCAGGGCGAGAGCGGCAAGAUGAGCGCGAGCGACCAGAGCAGCGCCAUCUUUGUCAGCGACACGCCCAAGCAGAUCCGCAGCAAGGUGAACAAGUAUGCGUUCAGCGGCGGCGGCGACACGGUGGAGGAGCACCGAGAGAAGGGCGCCAACCUGGACGUGGAUGUAAGCUGGAAGUGGCUCAACUUCUUCCUCGAGGACGACGCACGCCUGGCGCAGAUUGGCGAGGAGUAUGGCAGCGGGCGCAUGCUGACGGGCGACGUCAAGGCGGAGCUGGUGGGCGUGCUGACGGAGAUGGUUGAGCGGCACAAGGCGGCGCGGGCGGCGGUGACGGAUGAGAUCGUGGAUGCCUUCAUGGCGGUGCGCCCCAUGCCCAACCUGUGGGGCUGA